ACAGCUUGCAGCAGGCCAGCAAAGUGAUCGUGAAUGUGAUUUCUGUUUGUCGAAAAACAAAAAUUUUGUAUUCCUGGUGCGGACAGAGAGUUCCAUCAUGAGUGCAUUAAUGAAAGUCGCCGUUUCUCGAAGCCCUGCUUCAUUGGCUUCAUACUUGUAUAGGAACCUCCACUUGUCAGUUGGAGGAGCUUCCCCAUCUAAAGAUGCAUCAGCAAACACGAACACAUCGAAAGCCUAUACGGUUGUAGACCACAAGCAUGAUGCCCUGGUGAUAGGAGCUGGUGGGGCGGGGCUCCGAGCCGCCUUCGGUUUGGUGCAAGAAGGAUUUAAAACUGCUGUUGUCACCAAACUGUUCCCCACUAGGUCUCACACUGUGGCUGCACAGGGAGGCAUCAAUGCUGCUUUAGGUAACAUGGAAGAAGACAAUUGGCUUUGGCAUAUGUACGACACAGUCAAGGGAUCUGACUGGCUUGGAGACCAGGAUGCUAUCCACUACAUGACCCGCGAGGCUCCUCAUGCCGUCAUCGAGCUGGACAACUACGGCAUGCCGUUCUCCCGUACUCCUGAAGGUAGGAUCUACCAGAGAGCCUUCGGAGGACAAUCCCUCAAGUUCGGAAAAGGUGGCCAGGCUCACAGAUGCUGUGCCGUCGCUGACAGGACGGGUCACUCUCUCCUGCACACACUGUACGGACAGUCUUUGAGAUACGACUGUGAAUACUUCAUCGAAUACUUCGCCCUGGACCUUCUCAUGGAGGAUGGAGUCUGCAAGGGUUGCAUCGCUAUCAACCUUGAAGAUGGAUCACUGCACAGGUUCCAAGCUAAGAACACGAUCCUGGCCACAGGCGGUACCGGUCGCUCUUACUUCAGCUGCACCUCAGCCCAUACCUGCACUGGUGACGGCACCGCUAUGGCUGCACGCGCUGGCUUGCAGAACGAAGAUAUGGAGUUCGUACAGUUCCACCCUACUGGUAUCUACGGAGCUGGUUGCUUGAUGACCGAGGGUUGUCGUGGUGAGGGAGGUUUCCUCGUCAACGCGAAGGGAGAACGUUUCAUGGAGCGUUACGCGCCUGUCGCCAAGGACCUGGCUAGCCGUGACGUCGUCUCCAGAGCUAUGACCGUCGAGAUCAUGGAAGGUCGCGGCUGCGGCCCCGAGAAGGACCACGUGCACCUGCAGCUGCACCACCUCCCCCCCGACCAGCUGAAGCAGCGCCUGCCCGGUAUCUCCGAGACCGCCAUGAUCUUCGCCGGCGUCGACGUCACCAAGGAACCCAUCCCCGUACUGCCCACCGUACAUUACAACAUGGGAGGCACGCCCACCAACUUCCGUGGAGAGGUGAUCACCCACAAGGACGGCGUAGACCGCGUGGUGCCCGGUCUGCUGGCCGCGGGCGAGGCGUCUUGCGCGUCCGUGCACGGCGCAAACAGGCUCGGCGCCAACUCACUGCUCGACAUCGUUGUGUUCGGCCGCGCCUGCGCCCUCACCGUGGCGGAGACCAGCAAGCCUGGUGAUACACAGGCUCCGCUUAAGGACUCUACUGGCGAGGCUAGCAUCGCUAACCUCGACAGCCUCAGAUACGCGAACGGCUCCAUCUCGACGGCGGACCUGCGUCUGCGCAUGCAGAAGUGCAUGCAGACCAACGCCGCUGUGUUCCGUCAACAGAGCACGCUGGAAGCAGGCCAACGUCAAAUUCACGAGAUCUACAAUCAGAUCAAGGACGUGAAGGUCGCCGACAGGUCUCUGAUCUGGAACAGCGACCUGAUCGAGACCCUCGAGCUGCAGAACCUGCUCAUCAACGCCGUGCAGAUCGUGGAGGGCGCACUCGCUCGCGAGGAGUCCCGCGGCGCCCACGCCCGCGAGGACUUCAAGACCAGGCGUGACGAGUACGACUACUCCAAGCCUUUGGAUGGACAGACUAAACUGCCCUUCGAGAAGCACUGGAGGAAGCACACGCUAUCAGAGACGAACGUGGCGACAGGCGAGACCAAGCUGACUUACCGACCCGUCAUCGACGAAACGCUGAACCAGCAGGAGUGCAAGACCGUGCCGCCAGUCAUCAGGACCUACUAAAAACCUUUACCUCACAUUACGUAAUAAUUAUAAUUUUCUCAACAUGGGUGCUGGCUGAGCUUUUCAGUAUUGUGACAGCGCGUAACCGCCCUGACCACACUUAGUGUUCAUUUUCACGCCACUAUUUAUAUCAUUAUUUAUUUUUAGUGUAGCAUGAGCUUAAGCGUAACAAACUACAACAGAAAGAAUACUCCUAAAUUAUACAAACAACUAACACUGAAACUUAGUUCCAAAGUUGUCGUACAAAUGUAGUGUCAGAUGCAAUAUAACAUUUUUUUUGUGACAUUGUAUUGUAUAUAUCUUUAAUCAUGGUCAAAUAUUUUAUAUGUUUUGUUAAUAAUGAAUAUCAGCAUUUAUUGUGAUUUUAUAAUACUUUUACUGGCUUCAGCAGCCCCAAGGUACUUAAGAAAUUGUUAUUGUUAGACGCAGUGCCGGUCGCCAUGAUGCGAUGUUCACGCACCGCUAACUUUGGAUUCAUAUACUUGUCGUCGAUUACCUAGAGCAUAUUUAUUGAUAAAAUAAUCACAAAAUCUGACAGAUUCUGUUAUGUGUGAUAAGUUUUUCUUAGAGUUUUAUUUAGUAUUACGUCAUAUCCGUUUCUGUUUACAUUUUACGAAUUUGAGCUCAACAUGAAUAUCGGGUCUCGUCUCAAACGUUUAAUAUUAUUUUAGUGUCUGUUAUGGUUGGUGUCUUUGUAACGCAUUUUAAGAUAGCGAAAUAAAUUAUUUAAUGUAAAAAAAUCGUUUAAAUUUUAUUUCAUGUUCAGUAUUACAAUGAAAUUAAAUAAAUUCAUAAAUGUAUAACAGUGUAGAUUAUAAGAAUACAACGAUGUAAAAUAUUAAAUAUAAAUAUUCAUAGAAACUGCAA